AUGCCCGCAAGAGAGAACGAUGACUACGUGCCAGAUGAAGGUCAUUCAGUAUCUGGGAACUCUCGAAAGCCCAAGCAUCUCCUCACUGGCGGACACGCACCGCGCCCAGGGCAGCGGGGAGAAAACAAACGCAAACGCGGAGAAAAGCCUGUCGUCCAGGUCAAAUGGACUCCCCAGCUCACAGAGCAAUUGUGGGCCUUGAUCAAGGCAAAACCUGAACUCAAGCGGUUGCUUGUCAACGAACCAUCACGUCAUUUGGGUCCCAUGGGGGCUGGUAUGCAGCUUUUCAGCAAAAAGGACCUGCAACGAACCAUCGCGGAACAUCUCUUCAACGACGGAUCAUACGACUUGAACGACCCGGUUGUAAUGGAUAACCUUACGAGAGCAGUGAAGAAUAAGCUACACAAGACACAAAUGCUGUAUGAUGAGGCCCAACGUCAGAUGCCACAACUCAAAGAUGAAUACCAAUCCGAGGAUCAGAUUCCUCCGGAGCAUCGGGCCCUAUGGAGCAAGAUUAAAGAUAGGUUUCCCACCUAUUUUGAAUACCACGAACUGGCCCUCGAGCUACCGGCUAUCAUCGCCCAGAUGGCGAGAGACGCACAGCAGUUCGGGGCCUGGAAGUCGAGGGCAUUGAGCGUAUCCGACGGUGGCAGUGAGAAUUCAUUCAUCAGUAAUCAUCAACGAGCCAGGAGCGUCGAAACUUCCGCUAGUUUUGAAGUGCCGGAGGAAUUCGAAGUACUGCCCCCUCCCGUCGAUACCCAAGCCACCUUCUCCGAUGCCGAGCCCUUUGGACUCCCGGUUAGCCACGGCAUAUCGCCCAUAAGCCCCAGCUUGAGCCCCGCGGUUUCACCAUCUGGACGUUUUAUGCCUCUUCAACAAACAUCAUUUGGAAACGACGCACACCUGGCCACCUGGUCCGCACAGAACGCAGGCGCCAUGGGCCGACCUGUCAGCGCCGGCGCGCUCCCGUCACACAUCCAUACCAACCAACAGUUCAAACAGGCCAAUGAUGGUAUUCCAGGAAAUUGGACGACUGGUCUCACCAAUCAGCUUACUCAAGAGCCUCAAAGCUAUGAUAACUCGGCCAUUGGACCAUGGUCGAGCACGGCGUCACCUCUUGCACCCGUUCCGUCACAGGCACGCUUCCCGUCCAUGUCAGUUCAAGAUGUCUCUCGCAAUGGACAACAUCUAUCUGCACAGACCUCUCGGCGCGUGCCAUCUGGGAAGCAUCGCCGUGGUCCUUCAAUGGAAGGCUUUGGGAAUGGAGAGCAUCCACCGCCGUCCCUUAGCCCUCAGGCUACUAGUCCAUUCUCCAACGUCGAUUAUUCGUCUAACUCUGGCUCGCCGGAGAUGCCCAUGUCGGACAGUCAAGACGAGAAAACGAUGGACGCGCUGUUCUCUAUCCUUCGCGAGCGGGAAUUGCGCAAGCGCCAACGCCAGGAAGAGUGGAUUAGGAUUGAGAACAAACGGCUCGAAGACCGAGAGAAGCAGAGGAUAGAAAACCAGCGUCAGCGAGAAGAGAAUGAACGUCAACGGCAACACGAGGCAAUGAUCAUGGAACAGCGACUCCAAUACGCACGCCUUGUCGCGCCAGCACAAUACCGGAGCGGCAGUGUCCCCACGCAAACUGGAUCCAACGUGACGAGCCCUAUCAAUCUGAAUGAUCAGCAAGAUCCCAUGGCGGGAAUGUAUACCAAUCCGUCUAUCGGCAUGAACGAUAUGAUGGCACAAUUCUCCUCGAUCGCACCCGAGUCGCAUGGCUCUUACGAACAGCAACAACAGCAGCAUCCUCAGCUCCGCAGCAUGGGCGUCCAUGUCAGUCCGUAUCAGCCUCCUCGCGGCGUGGCGCAUCUCGACAUGUCCGAGGCGGUUCCGACCCAGACGUUUGCCAACGAGCCGCUCAACGACCAGCAAUUGGAGGAUUUCUUUGGGACGGGCGUACCAAGUCAUUAG